GUAUCUGUUUUUUGUUUUUUUUUAAGAUUCUUGUUUUGAGUUUUACAUUUGCCUUCCUAGGACUUGCCCCUUUGUAUGUGUAGCUUAAAUGAUAAGCCGAUGGUUAGACACUGUGUGCUUAAACACUUCAAGCUGGUAAGUUGUCUGUCAUCUGCUCCUGGAUCUCUGUAUUGAUAGAGGAAAGCGUUUAGUGAGGAAUUUUUAACAGUUUCCAAGUGUGCAGUGCUUUUGCUUUCUGCUGGGCUCUUGCGUAUUUCCUCUCUAUAUGUGAUCAUUCAGCCUCAGGAAUGUGUGGCUAGCUAUUUUCCUCUCUGGUCUCCAUUCCAUAUACUCAGCCUUAGCCAAGAAUACGUUUGCCCCAGUUAUGAUGAUGACCUUGGACUAAUAGAGCUGUUGGCUCUCCCUGCUUGCCCACUUCUAAGAUCAUCACUUCCACUGAAACACUGCUGGGCGUGGACAUCACCUACCACUCAAGCUCAAGUGAGCUGCCUUUGACCACAGCAAGGAUGUUUCCAGUCCUAAUGCUCUUCUCCACCCUGGAAGAACCUCUAUGCUGACUGAGUUGUGGUUGAUGGUGGUAAGAGUAGCUCCAGGCCAGAAGGCCACAGGGUCCUAGUAUUCUUACCUAAAGAUUAGCAGUUUUUCAAAUAUAAAUGCUUCUCAAAUUAUUAUAUUCCUUUGGUCAAUUUCUAGAGCACUGAUACGGCUGAUUUGUUGGUUUUGUCUAGCUCUAUAAUUUAUUUUUUGGAAGAAUAUUUGCUGAUCGCACUCAGCCAUAGCUAGGAAUCCUGCUUCUGGUCUUGUAUUAUGUAUAAUUUUUUCUUUACUCUCUUAGGAUGAUGGAAAAUUUACAUGUUGUAUUAAUUGAUUUAUCUCUGUUUUCUUUGGGGUAAAUUUUUGUUUUACACUGGUCUCAAAUGUGGAAGAAAAGAUUUUCUUCAUAUGCCCAGUGGUCCUUAGCUGUGCAUUCUUAUUCGAAAAGAGAAACAUCAAAAAGCUGCCUGCAAACUGUAUUUGGAUGGCACUGAUUUGACUGGUACAGUUUGCUUUAGAGUAAAUAGCUGGGGAACCAUGAGUAUGCUGGAAGUCAGCUAAAGACCAGAAUGAGGCAGACUUCUUUGGGGUACCCAUACUCAUGCUACCUUUCCUAGUUCUCUAGACAGUUAAUUAAUUUCUUUAAACACAAUGCUUCUCCCAUUUACAUUUUUUUUUUCUUACUCACAGUCAGAUAUUUAACUAUGGACAAGAAAAAAACAAAGUACUUGCUUGUAUAAAAAGGUAGGGGAGGGAGAUUCAAUGUUUCUUGGACAGACCUUCAACUGAUUGCAUAUUUUAGCUUCCCUUCUUACUCCACACUUUUGCCAGAGGUAUCAGGUCAUUCCUUUAAUUGCAGUGCUCUCUGCACACAUUCUGGAGUUUGGCUUUUCCUACUUUGUUUCUUCAGUGAAUGCUCUUUCCUCUGUCUUACCUUGUACAGAUUUGUAGUGAUGCUCUCUCAAUCUCUUCAUUGGUAUGGGUUGGAUGAAUAAAUGAAAAGUCGUAGGAUAUAUUGGAGUAUAUAAGGAAGCCAUUUGGCUUAAAGCUAAUUCAGCCUGAUCUUGUUUUUCCAGAAAGUCAUGACAUGGCCUGUUGAGCAUGCAUUGUCCAUGUGCUUUAAGCAUUUACGAUGUUCCAAAGCCAAGAAUGAUGCCCUUAAAGAUAGAGAUGUUACCUCCCCCAUAUCAGCAUUUCUUUAAGGAUAAGCAUUUCUUCCCAGAGACUGAGGAUUAAUUACUAACCUGCUUUAACUCAUCUCGCGACCACUGACUGAUGAUCACCGACUUCUGUGCUCACCUUGUGACCACUGACCUGCUCGUGACAGUAAUUGGCUGAAAGCUAUCAAGAAAGGCAAUUCGCCCUAGAGCAGGCUGACACUGUCAUCAACAAAGCAAUUUCAGUUGUUUAUGGGUUUUCCAAGAAAUCUUGUGAUUCAGCUAUGGAGUAUAGGUGCAUUUUGUAUAUUUUGGAAAUAACUCUGCUGAAGAUACUAAAGAAAAGGCAGCUCUCUACUGACAACUCAGAAGGAAAUAAUUUUCCACCUACUUAGAAUUAGAAGACCAGCUCAUUCUUAGAGUCUUCUGAAACAAAAUUAGAAUGGAUUGGGGAGAUGAAUAUUCUCAUAAUUCAUUUGACCUACAUUGUUUGUUAAAUUCAUUUCCUGGAGACUUGGAGUUUAAACAGAUCUUCAGUGACAUUGAUGAAAAGAUAGAACAAAAUGCUGCAAGCAUAGAACAUUGCAUUAAAGAAAUACAGUCCGAAGUUAACAAACAAUGCCCAGAUGUGCAGCUGCAAACAACAAGUGACUGUUUUGAAUGGCUAAAUGACUAUAAUUAUAAUUCAUUCAGGUCACCUUCCAUUUCCCAUGGAGAUUUGAUGAAAUUCCUCAAAACAUUGCAAGAUUUGUUGAAGAAUGAACAAAAUCAAGAAGAAAUGAUACUGGAUUUACUUUGGGACCUCUCCUGCCAGAGCAGCGUUUCAUUCCCAUCUACUCUAAGUGGAACAUCUUUCCAUUUCCUCUCUAGGACUUCUCUUCAUUCUGUUGAAGAUCAUUCCUCUAUGGAUGUAAAGUAUAUAUGGGAUGAUAUAAGACUACAUCUUCGACGCUUCUUAGUGAGCAAAUUACAAAGCCAUAAUGAAAUAAACAAUUCACAGCAAAAAGUUUUGUUGAAAAAUCAGUGCAUACAACAACUCUUGUUUCUUUAUCCAGAAUUGGAAGUUAUAAUCAAGUACCAAAACAUACAGAAUAAACUGUUGGCUAAACUUCUACAGAACUGCUUUCCUUCUUACGGCAGAGAAUCAAAUUUAGACAUAAUGCUUCGUGGAUACCAAAGUACAAUGCUUAAGUUAUACUCAAUGAUAAAAGAGGAUUUUAACACACUGUGUGAAAUUUUAGCUCCAUCCUCAACAGUGAAAUUCAUUAAAGAAACUUACCUGGAUACUAUUACAGAAGAAAUGGCAAAAUUUCUUGCAAAUUUUUGUGAGCUGCAGUUCAAAGAAAGUGCUGUCCGUGUGAUUAAAACAAGCAAGAGCUCCAGCAGGCAUAGAGGAGCAGUGCAUGCUUUGGUUACUCCUGAAUGCACAAAGAAAGGAAGAAACUUUUUCCUCUCUUUAGAUGAACUCAAAUUCUUAUCACAGCUCAUAAAAUCAUUUUUGAAGCUGGAAAAAAAUGUUCAAGAAUUGUUUGAAGAAAUGUUUUCAUUGCCCAAGAUACCCAGGAAUACUUCAGGGAUUUUGGAGACAUCCAGUAGAGAAGUUGUAAUAGAGAAACCCAGAGCAAAUGAAACCAACAUUCCUUUAGAGCAAUUACUACCAGUAAAAGAGACUACUUUACUAGAUUUUGGCUGGAGAAGUGCAUUUAAAGAAGUGUCUCUUUCCAUGGCACAUUGUAUAACAGCAGCAAUUGAAGAUUUUUCCACAAAAAUUCUCCAACAAGAACAGAAUGAAAGGUCUUCAGCUGUGAGCUAUACUAUGAACCUUGUAAAUGUCCAGCAAGUUUGGCAAGACAGCUGUGUGAUUCCUGAGGAUGACCAACCAAAGAAAAUUGCAAAAUUUUGUUCUGACAUCAUGGAAAAACUUGACACAAUGCUUCCACUGGCUCUGGCAUGCAGAGAUGAUUCUUUCCAGGAAAUUAGAGCAAACUUUGUGGAGGCCUGUUGUAAAGUGGCAACAGCUGUCCUGGCGAGACUGCAAGAGAGAGGCAAGGAGUUUCCUUCCAAAGCACCCCUGAAAAAUUCGUACACACUGCUCUCCACAGCUGUGUAUGUCUUCCAGCAUUUUAUGCAAUACGAUCAUUUGAUGAAAGAAACUACUAAGAAACCCAUAUUCCUGGUGCCUGUCCAACGAUAUCAGGAAUUCAUCAACACUCUACAGUUUCAGGUUACGGACUACUGCGUCAGAGUUUGUGCUACAAGCAUUUUACAGGAUGCUGAGAGCCACCACUGGGAUGACUACAAAGCUUUUUAUGAGGGAGAAAGAUGCUCCUUCUCGCUCCAGAUGUGGCAUUAUUUCUUGUGGGCUCUUCGUCACGAUCUCUGGACCAUUCUGCCUUCUAAGUUAGCCCAGGAGAUUCUAGCAGAAGUGCUGGAGAAAUCUUUGGGUCUUCUGGCCUCCAGAUAUGCUCGGGCCCAUCCCAGUUAUAAGAGAACUCCACAGAUAAGACUUGAUGUCACAACUAUUUUAAUAUGCACUGAGAACAUGUUAUGGUCAGUUUGCACAUCUGUACAGAAGCUUUUGAAUCCUCAUGAGUAUAUAGAUAAUAAAAUUUUUAGAAUUCAUACCCAUUGUAAUAAUCUGUUUACAACAUUAGUUAUUUUGACUUCACCAUUAACUGAAUUAUACCAGACUUUUCAGCAUGGCAUGGAUGAUUCUGCUUCAGAUUCCUUAAAACCAUUUUUCAAGCAACCAUUACAUUGGUUUUCUUGCAUAUCACAUUUCUACCCUUCUUUACUCAGGACUCCAUCAGAUGGACAACUGACAGCCGAGGGUCAACUGAAACUGCUCUUAUCCCAGCCAGGUUGUAAUUGGAACCUGCUUCUGGAAAGCCUACUGCAUCAUGAUGGUCUUUUACUGAGAAUCUUGCUGAAGAGCUCAAAUUGCACCUUGCAAGAACAAGGUUCUGAUACAGAAAAUAAUCUGAACCAAGGAUCCAGCUUGAUGGAAGCCAUCUUUAAAGUACUGUACCAUUGCAAUUUUUCUCCACAAACAUUUGGAAAUGUUUUUGUGAGCUACAUGGAAGAAGAACAAUUAUGGGACUUUUUAUAUAACGUUCCAGUUUCAACGUACAAGGAGUCUGAGCUAGAGGUCAUCCGAUGUUUGAGAAUGGCACUGACUGACGCUGUCAAGAACAUUGUCCAGCAGAUAAUAUCUGUGUUGAGUUCUGGGAGAAACUGGGAGACAAACCUAAACAAGCACAGUGUUCCUGAACAUUUGCGUGAAAGCAUUCCAAAAGAGUGGAAUUAUAUUCCAAGCGAAACCAAAAGGAAAGAGUCAAGCAAAGGCUGCGCAGGCCUUGCUGCUCAGGCAGUAUCUAUUGUAAUCAGCAAGUUACCUACGGUGAUUGCAUGUUUGCCUCCCCCAAUUAAAUACUUCUUUUUUCUGUCUGAGAGAAAAAUGUCAAAAAACUUUGUUGAAUUGAAGAAAGCUGGCCUACUUGUCUGGAACUUGAUUGUAAUUAUAUGUCGGAUAUUUGAGGAUGAAAACACUGUGGAACUUUUAACAGGUGCCUCCCUUGACAGAUGGAGUAAAGAGAAACUCAGUUUCAUCUGUGUCUGUUUGGAAAGCAUCAUGGGAGAGCAGACAAGUAGCCCUGAUCAUAUGACCCAACAGGUCAGACAGAGCAUUGAGCAGCAGAAACCCAACUGGAUUGAAUGCCAGUUGUUGAAAGCAAAAGAAUUGAGCACCGAAUGUGCAUUUAUGACAAUAGAGAAAAGCACAGCCUUAGAAGAAGGAGAUAUUGCUCUUGAACUGACUGAGCAGAAAAUAAACAUGAUGGUCCUGGAUAUCUGCCACAAACCAGGUGGCAGCGAGUACCUGAGGCAAAUUUAUCACAUCAUGCAGCUCAAUGAGGAAUAUUUAAAAGAACAGCUGUUUUCUAUGAAUGGUUCAGAGGAAAAGCCAUUACCCAUCCGACCUUUAAAGACGACCUUGAGGAGUGUGGAAGAUCAGCCUUUUGCCUUUAACCCUUUCCAUGUGUACAAGGCGUUUAGUGAAAACAUGCUAGAUCAGUCAGCCAUCACAAAAUGGAACUGGAAUUGGUCAAACUUGCUGCCAAAUUAUCUGGGACUGGAUAAGAUGACCUUCAGUGUACUGCUCAAAAACAGGUGGGAAAUGAGGAAGGAUGAAAGACUAGAAGAGGAAGAAAAAGCAAUGCUGGAACAUUUAAAACGAAUUUGUACCAUCCAGAACUCUUCUGCCUCAGAGAAUGCUGAGGAACAGUAAUCUGCAGAAAACAGCAACAGCUUUAUUUUAGGAAAUAAUCACAUGUAAUGAAGUAGGAUUUUUACUAUAGUCAGAAUGAACCUCAGAUGUGCUGUGAGGCAUGAAACCAAUGACUGAGUAAUCUCUGAACUGAAAAGGAAUACAGCACAUAAAGAAUAAAAUGCUACAUAUUUUUUAUUUUAAAAAUAAUUUCAAAUGUUUUUCUUUCCUCAGUAUUUCUCUUUAUAUGGUAUAACUGCUGCCAUCUCGUGUUCCCUUUGAAUUAUUUUUUUUUUCUUCUUUCAGUCUUGAAGUAUCUAUGACAACAGGCAAAAUGUUUGGAAAUCUUUUCCCUAAGGAUUUUUAAAUACAACAUUUGGAUGUUAAGUUGAAUGGAGUCACAUAGACUCCUGAGGGUCAUCUGAAAAUUUCGAUGUCAUUUUGCAGGUGCAGCCUAAGUCCAGGUCUUAAUUGCUUUUAAUAUCCACCAUUGUAUCAGCUUCCUUUCCCGUAGCCUCUUUGUCAUCCCGUGUGUCUUAAUCAUAGCCACAAAAUGCACUCUCCUGAAGUAUAAGUUUAAUCAUCUCUCUGCCGAUAGUGGUUUUUCAAACAUCAGAUUCAAAUUUCCAAUCAUAUGCUUUCAGAACCUAUACCCAACGGCUCCAUGUUCAGGCAACUGCCCAUCAUCCUCUUGGCUCAAGCCACAUGCCUCCAUUUUUCCCGACCAGAAACCAUCUGUCUCCCAUAAUUAUGUUCAAAACUCUCUCCAGCAAUCUCUAUGCCACAGUUUCUGCCACUUCUCUUAUUUCCAUUACAUUGACACACACAGACAUUAAGGAGAUGGAACGUGUUCUAGGGCCCUCUAUGCCAAGGAAAGUUAUACUUAUUAUAUCCUUCCUAUCAAAUACCUGAUAACAGAUUAUAAAGACCUUGGAGGCCUUACAAUAUAAUAUCAAGUCUCCCUUUAUAGCAUUGGUCUCCCCAAAUACCUACUGUAGUUAUUCAUCUAGUGGGCAGUUAAUAAACACAGUUGUUUGAAUGGCUGUCAUUGAAAGAAGACAACAAAUACAAUUAGAAUGUUGAGCCAUCUACAGGACAUCUGGGAGAAGCCUUGUAUCAUGAACUGUUUUAGACCAUAUGACAUCACACAUCAUGGUUUCUGAUGUUCUCAGAUUGUCCAUGUUCCUACAUUCUGUGAUUUUUAUAAAAUAUGUGUAGGCUACAUGAUUUCCAAAGGAAAGUAUUCAUGCAGUUUUCAAAGAGUAAAAGCUUGGAGAGGAGAGGCCACCUUAGAAAAUCUCUUGCAUUAUUUCUUUACAUAAAAACACAAAAAUGUCCAGGUAGCCAGCUGACUGCCAAAUAACACAUUUUAUUUUUAAAGAAUGUACUUUAGUUAGCCAGUAUAAUGAUGAACCAAGUGUUUUAAGACUUGGUUGGAAUAAUUUCUAAAAAUUCUAUGCAAACCAUUUAAAAAACUGUAAGAAAUUUUUAUGAGAAUUGGACUUUCCAUCUAAUCUUACCAAUAAAGUUACUCAACAAUCAAUAUAAGGCAACAACUGACUUUAUUCCUUCAGCUUAGAGAUGGUCUAUGUACUAAAUCUGCAUAAAUAUGUUGUAUUAGAGUAGAUACUAAAAUAGAAAGUCAAAAAUAAAGUGAUCCAAUAAACUAAAUAAAAUAAUCUUAUAAAGUUAUAGGAUUUCACAUUUGGGUUCUUUGUCUUCUAAUAUAUCUAAAGAUCAUCUUUUAACACAAUUUUUUAUUGAAUCUGUACAUUUCUAUACUAAUCCUGGGAAGUGAUUUAAUUCCUCUAGAAAAAAUUGUCUAUGGCUCCCUUUUGAAAGGAAAGAAAUACAGUUAGGGGAGAAUGGAAUGAGUUGGAGGGAGAAAAAAGUAGAAAAGAGAGAAGAGCUUGCAGAAUUUUCUUCUACACUUGCUCAGUGAAAUUACUAUAGCCAUAAGUACAAUAAAAUUUAUAAUUGGGAAUGUUAGAUGAUGAGUCAUUGAUUUAUCAGAUCAUUUUGACUUUACACUAGAUAUGCUUUUAAAGUAUGAUAAGUGGCAUUUCAAAACACUUAUUCUUUCUCACAUUUAUUUUGCAUUUGUAUAAGUCAACAACAGGAAUGAAGCCUAAUACUUUAUAACUCCCCAUAUCCUUACUAUAAAAAUAUUAUCUUUGUAUAAAAUAUUAUCUUCCUUCUGCAUUACAUUUAACUGUAUUUUUAUUUAAUUAUAAAGAGGUAUCUAUUUUAUUAU